GGCUUUGCGCAGCGCCCUUUGACGGUCUAACUUCCGCGCCCGCCGCCAGGUUACCGCCGCCACCGGACUGUCACCGCGCGCUCGUACCGCUUAGGUCUUAUCCCUGGCUCCCCUUGGGACUGUAAACCCGGCUAAGGGCCCGUGGGAGCCCGCGCAGGAGCCGGCGGCAUUUCGAAGGGCGGAGGCCGAGAGCGCCGGGAGCGCCCCUGUCCAGCGAGCGGUUUGACGGUCCCUGAGUGUUAGCCGCCGGCCCCGCCCGCUGGGCCUUCCCUCCGCGGGGCGCGCACCGCCGCCGGCGGGGCCUCAGCUCAGGGCCGUCGGGGCUGCGGUGUUCUCGCUCCUUCGCCCAGUCUGUGGACCUCAAACGCGGGCUUUUUAGAGUUAAAACCCUCGCUUCCGCACUUACCCCCCUUGUUUGGUGUGGUAUUGGGUCCUGACUUUUGAAAUUCCUGGGUCAGAUAUUUCAAAAACAGUAGAUUUUUCCGCCCCCCCGCUUUUUCUUUUGACAGGGGAAGAAGAAAAUCUUUACUAGCUCAUACCGUUUUUCAAACGAAAAGCCACUUAAAUACCAGUAGAGUAAGAAAGGCACAAUCCCAGAAUAAGGAUGGCCCUUAGUUUGCAUAUCACAUUACAAAAUAAUUUAGUAUAUCAUAAAUAGUAUAAUUUUGUUGCAUGCAGAUGAAAACUAGGCAUUAGAACCACCCUGUUAGCAUGAUUUAGCACUAGUUUGGGGAGCCAAAUUUAGGUUAUAAAAACCAGCUUCAGUUUACUAGAUGUUUUGGGGAACGUCAGUCAACCUUUAGCAAAACUGUUUCCCAUUAGAAAAAUGGGUGUAUGCAAGGACUGCAGGUAUUAUUGUAACUGAGAAGAACAAAUGUGACUCCAUAUUGGAUCUGCUUCUUUUACGUUCACCUUUGUAUUCUCUUGCUUUUGCUACACCUUAAUAACUAAAAGAAUGUUACCUGUAGCCUGAAAUAUGCGGGAGAGCCCAUCCUCAAGGCUCUGACCUUUAAAGGUGUAACCCUUUCCCAUUCAUAUAGAGAUAAAAAGUUGCAGAGCAGAGAAUAACGUUUGCCUUGUUGGAGGCUAAUAGGAGCCUCCUGACCUGACCUAGUGGACGGCUGCAAGAACAAAGGAUUCUGGCCCCAAGAAGUUUGCAGCAAUCUGCCACACCCCUUCCCCUUUUAGUGUAAAGAAAGCCUUUGUCCACUAUCUUCUCCAUCCGCCGGCUUUCCGAAUAUAAUUGCUCUUCCUUGCUUCAGUAACUCAGCUUUUGAUUCAUUGGCCUGCCAUGCACCGGGCAGUAGGAGCUUGGACUUGGUAACAGUAUGUUAAAAGCAUAGUUUACAUUGCUUCCUAAAAAACCAGUGUGAUGGUUCUCACUAGCCUACUGCCUUAUGCAAGGCUGGUUUAGAGACCAGAGGAAAGUCAUACUAUAAAUACCCGUACCCUUUUAUGUUAGUAAAAUCAAGUUAAAACUUGAUUGGAAGUUUGGAAAAUGUGGAAGAACUCCAAAGCUGGACGAGACUCACCACCUGGACUGCAGCACACUCCCUGAAUUAAGUAGGGGAAAUAGUGUAUGUUUUCAGUAGGAUUUACUAUAACACUCCAUCCCUGGUCACCCCCAACAGGAGUGGGUGGACAGUCCUGGUUAUUUCUGCUCCACUUCUCUGCUGUUUUGAAACUUAGAUAGAAGGAAAUGACUACAUGUCAAUGACUUUUGGAAUUCAAGUCUGAUGGCAGGGAAAAAUUUUUUUUGAUGCCUUCUGGUUUAAAGAACCUCCAGCUGCUCUGAUGAUCGCUUAAGAAGACUGCAUGCUGUCCCCUUUCAAUGCCAAGCCAGGCCUACUCAGAAGCUCAGUUCUCAGUCCUUCAUGGAGACCAGGUCCCAGCAGGAAUGGCAGUGGAGGAAAUUGGCACCCAGAUGGUUCCUCCACGUGAAGUUGUCUUGGGCUGCGGGCCGACUCGAGAACACCUGGUAACCAGGCUAGCCCUCUGCCAGUCACCCAGGGCAGGGCAGCAUGGUGCGGAUUCAGAGGAGGAAGCUUCUGGCAUCUUGCCUGUGCGUCACGGCUACUGUCUUUCUGCUCGUCACACUCCAGGUAGUGGUUGAGCUGGGAAAAUUUGAAGGGAAGAAGUUUAAAAAUUCUAAUUUGAAAGACGGACAUGCACAAAUGGAAGAAGAGCCUAUACAUCUCCAUCCAUUCCUUAAGAGAGGAGGACUGACGCUGAAUAGGAAAAAAACAUUGGCAGCUGAUAGCUACCCCAUCAUGCUCUGGUGGUCCCCACUGACUGGGGAAAAUGGAAGGCUAGGCCAGUGCGGGGCAGACACUUGUUUCUUCACCAUCAACCGGACCUACCUCCAUCAUCACAGGACCAAAGCCUUCCUCUUCUAUGGUACUGACCUUAACAUAGAUAGCUUACCUCUGCCUCGGAAAGCCCAUCACGACUGGGCCCUUUUCCAUGAAGAGUCUCCGAAAAACAAUUAUAAGCUCUUUCACCAGCCAGUCAUCACCUUGUUCAACUACACGGCCACCUUCAGCCGGCAUUCCCACCUGCCACUAACUACCCAGUACCUGGAGGGCACAGAAGUCCUGAAGUCACUCCGAUACCUGGUCCCCUUGCAGUCCAAAAACAACCUUCGAAAAAGCCUCGCUCCUCUGGUGUACGUACAGUCCGACUGUGACCCACCCUCAGACAGAGACAGCUACGUUCGAGAGCUGAUGACGUACAUUGAGGUCGAUUCUUACGGCGAGUGUUUGCGAAACAAAGCUCUCCCUCAGCAGCUGAACGGUCCAGCCUCUAUGGACGCUGGUGACUUUUAUAGGAUCCUUGCCCAGUAUAAGUUUAUCCUUGCUUUCGAGAAUGCGGUUUGCGAUGACUACAUCACUGAGAAGUUCUGGAGACCUCUGAAACUGGGGGUCGUCCCUGUGUAUUACGGAUCACCCAGCAUCGCAGACUGGCUUCCAAGUAAUAGAAGUGCUAUCCUGGUAUCAGAAUUUUCUCACCCUAGAGAACUGGCAAGUUACAUCAGACAGCUGGAUCACGACGACAGACUGUACCAGGCCUACAUAGAAUGGAAGCUGAAGGGUGAGAUCUUGAAUCAGCGACUUCUCACUGCUCUCAGGGAACGGAAAUGGGGGGUGCAGGACAUCAAGCAGGACAACUACAUCGACGCAUUUGAGUGUAUGGUGUGCACCAAAGUGUGGGAUAACAUUAGGCUCCAGGAAAAGGGCUUACCACUCAAACGAUGGAAGGCAGACAUUACCCACCUGAGCUGUCCAGAGCCUACAGCGUUUGCUUUCUCACCCCUCGCCCCACGUCGGAGCUCUUUGCGAGAGAUGUGGAUACCAAGCUUCCAACAAUCCAAGAAAGAAGCCCAAGCACUAAGGUGGCUGGUUGAUAGGAAUCAAAACUUUUCAACUCAGGAGUUUUGGGCCCUAGUAUUCAAGGACUAAUAUCAAAAAGUGUCAGUUUUAUUUUCUAGGUUGCCUUAGUAUCUGAAUAUAAUAGCUGCUCUGUGGACGAUCCACUAGGAUGGGAAUUAAUGGCUGCCGUACUCAUAGUGAGCUCUAUUGAAUAAUAGAUAUGAGUUACCCCUAGGGGUCACUUCUCUGUUUUUUAUACUAGAAAAGAAAUAUUUCUUAUGAACACUGGUCACCUUCAGUGUACAUGUCUGAACCCGCAUCCCUGCCGCCUUGUGUGGAAAUUCACCUACUGUAGAAUGAGUGUUUUCCUUGCUGCAAGGAAAGAGUCCUUGCAAGGAAGGCAGAGGGUGUAGCUGUGGAUUCUUACACUCACCUCACUGGCGGUAUUUAUUGGUAUUUGGCAAGCCCAGUGUCCCGACGCUGAGCAGGAACAUGAAAUGCGUUAGAACUUGGCAAUGAGAGAUGCCAUCUGUUGGUUUCCAGGCAUGUGAGUGAGUAGUGAAGGCUGCGUGGGGUUGAUCCGCUGUGUCCCCAGAUCUAAAGAACAUAGCACGUCUCUGCCUCUUCCAUACUUUCAGCCACCUCUCCCGCCUUUCUUAUUACCACCUUGCCCUGCGUCCUCCCCCGUUCCUCCCUGGAGCGAACACCUUGGGAAGAUGUGCCUCUUCCUUGUGUGUUUUGAGUGGUGAGUUGUUCCCUAUGUUCCCUUAUUCCACUGAGCAGAAUAGUACAGAGAGUCCUGUGGUUCAGGCUGGACAGCCUGUGCGUUUUGAUCGCUGUGAGCAUGAAGGUGAGUGCCCUGGGGAACUCCAGUGGUGUGGAAGCGGAUUUGUCUUGUCUUAGGGUGAUGCGCAGCCUGCAGUGGUGGGCAGCCCUGCCAGUUCAGGAGCAUUCCCUGUCAUUUCUGAUCCUGUCACAGAGGAGUUUUAGCUGUCUUAUCUGGAGCUUCUACUGGAGCUUCUCGAAAGACAAGGAGAAAACACUGGCUCUCGUUCUCUUUCCUUGUGAGCGUGGGGAGGCUUCUAGAUCACACUAAAGCCUGUUGCCACCCGACGUGUGAUGGCUUUGAUAUUCUUUAUUGUGGAAAGACGUAAGCUCCAGAGGACAGGAGGAGUCCUGGGUACUCAUGUCCCUGAUGUGGCAUCAGGGGAAACCUGAGGAAAGCACCCUCUCGGCACCAGCUGCCUUUGUAUCACAGGCCAGUGCCUUUCUGUUCCUGCCAAGGGCGAUCUCUUCCUUAUGUAGCUGUCUUUCUGGCUGUGCCAGAGAAAUAAAGACUGAAACCAGUACAUUCUUUUAGCAGCAAGAGGGGUCACAUUGUUUCUUCCCUCUGACUGGGUUCUUCUCCAUCCCAGCUCUGCCAUUAACUAACUAUGAUUUUGAACAAAUCUCUUAACCUCCCUGGGCCUUAGUUUUUGUACCUAAAAAGAAGUGAUUGGGCUGGUCUUGGAAGUUUUUUUCUGUGUAACAUUCUUUAAUUAUCGAAAUUUAAGAAGCUUCAUUUUGUACGUGUUUUUACUAGGACAGUAACAAACUAGGUUAGAGCCACUGUGUGUUUUUCAAGGGAAGCACACUCUUCUUUAAAGGAGGAAGCAUACUUAUUGGGUAGUGUUGGGGAUGGAAAGGAAUUUAUUUAUCUCUCUGCUGUUUUAUCUGAUAAUAUCAAAAGGGAAAGGAUUGGAAAGGCCAGAUUUUAAAUUGUAUAUUAAAUGGGUUUAUUUGUUUGUUUCUUUUCUUCUCUUUCUUUUUUUCCCCACUCUUAAAAAAAGCCAGGAUAUGACUUGUGCCUCUGAUGAGACAUUAUCAAGUAGAUUCAGUUCUCCUUCACAAAUGCCUUAAGCAGAUACCCCCCAGUGCUUAUGUGCUGCAUGUAGGUCUUUUAAAAAAUUUUUUAUUUAAUUAAUUAAUUUAAUUUUGGCUGCGUUGGGUCUUCAUUGCUGCGUGCUAGUUGGGCGAGCAGGGGCUACUCUUCAUUGUGGUGCGUGGGUUUCUCAUUGCGGUGGCUUCUCUUGUUGUGGAGUGCGGGCUUCAGUAGUUGUGGCACGAGAGCUCAGUAGUUGUGGCACAUGGGCUCAGUUGCUCUGCGGCAUGUGGAAUCUUCCUGGACCAGAGCUCGAACCUGUGUCCCCUGCAUUGGCAGGCGGAUUCUUAACCACUGCGCCACCAGGGAAGUCCCUGCAUGUAGGUCUUAAACCCCAACAUUUCAUGUGUUUUUUUGGUUCUGCUUGGUUCUUCAUCACGAGUCCAUCGAUCAAAUUCACCCUAAACUUGUAUGCAGUAUGUAGUCCUGAGAAAAUUUAGUGAAAUAAAAUCAUUGCUCAUUUAAUGUGGUAUAAAAAUUUUGUGGAGGAAGAGGAUAAAGGAGAGGGAAUUUCAUGGGAUUAAAAAUGAGGUGUAGGGCCUUCCCUGGUGGCACAGUGAUUAAGAAUCCGUUUGCCAAUGCAGGGGACACGGGUUCGAACCCUGGUCCGGGAAGAUCCCACAUGCCGCAGAGCAACUAAGCCCUUGGGCCACAACUACUGAGCCUUUGCUCUAGAGCCCAUGAACCACAACUACUGUGCCUGCAUGCCACAACUACUGAAGCCCGCGUGCCUAGAGCCCAUGCUCCACAACAAGAGAAGCCACCGCAAUGAGAAGCCCGCUCACUGCAACGAAGAGUAGCCCCUGUUCGCCGCAACUAGAGAAAGCCCGUGCACAGCAACAAAGACCCAAGGCAGCCAAAAAUAAAUAAAAUAAAAUAAAGAAAUUGUAAAAAAUUAAAAAAUAAAAAUAAAAAUGAGAUGUAUUUCAAGAAAAUAAACCAAGGAUUCUUUGGAACUCUUUGAGUACCCAUAGAUUUGAUACUUUAUUAUUAUUUUUUGCUUAACAUAUGUGUCUUUUGCAAUAGGGUUUUCAUUAAUAAGAUAAUGCCCUCUCGUCUGUGAUAAUUGCUAUCAUGGAAUGAUUCUUAUCUGCAAAACGGGAGCUCUGCUUUUGGAGUUCCAUGGAAGGCCCUCCGUGUAUUUUAUCUGUGUUGACCCCAUCAUAAGACACCUUUCUCUUUACCUCAGUGACUCCAUUUCUGAAAUAUGAUUCAGCAAGUGUCCUGCCUCACAGGCUGUUGUGUGGAACGGCUCAUGGCUGUGAAGGACUUCCUGCAAUGCAGCUUUCUGUUUAGUGUUUCAGUACGCUUUACUUGGAUUAUUCUCAAAGACUGAUUUUCAAAGCUGUAUGAUGAGGUGGGCAGAAACCUUUUCAGAAAUAUUGAAAAAAAUGAUUACUAAUGUUAGUUAACAGUCUUUACUUCUUCACCUGAAAAUGGAGGCAACUUUGACCUUUGAUCACGUAGCAAAUAUAAUAUUUCAGAACCUGAAUGCUGACUGGCUUCUGUGUUGCUCUUAAGGACUGGAUUCUAGCAACUCAAAUAUCAGUUGAGGUCAUUAUCAUUAUUAGUAACAGAUUGAAUGCAUACAGUGUUCUAUGCACUUCUCAGAAAUAAAGACAUAGGCAAAAAUGAGCAUCAUUCUUUCAGGGUCAAACAUUGUGUAUUACACAUAGGAGAAUGGCUCAGUAUCAAUAGAACACCUUAAGGAUCUAAGCACAGUACAGACCUGAACUUGAAAUUUGAAAUACCCAUUGUAAUAUUGUGCAUUAAAAAUUAUUAGUAGCACAUAAUUCCUGCUAAAGACAACAAUUCCUUAGGGGAAUCCAGUGUAAAGUUAAUUUUCAAUGAAUAAUGUUGAUUAUCUAAAGCCAGGAGGGUAUAACUCUGCAUAAAUGACAUAUGUCUUUCUUAGAAUCUUCGAAGUAAACAGUAUAGAAGCCCACAGGCCACGAAUAAAGGUAGUCAGUUUAUGUUUCAAGUACCUUUGCAAUCUUGAAUAUUUUACAAAGAAUUUCUUCGCCCUUCUUUCGGAAAUUUCUUUCCUUUGUUUCCAUUUUUGUUGCUGUUGUCGUUAGGUAAUAUCUUAGUUAAUAAUAUCUUAACCUCAUAAUUCUAAUGUCAACAUAUAUCUUUAUUUCCUUCUGAUUACAGAAAUGAAAAUGCUUUAGGAACUCAGAGGGAAUAUAGAAUUAUGAGCUAUGACUGGAAUGAGAAAGACCUGAUUUUAGUCCCUACUCUUUGAUGUACCAUCUUUAUUACCUUGGUCAAGUUAUUCGACCUUUUAAAGCUCUAUCUUGUUCAUGUGUCAUGUUUGCUCCCUAUGAGGUUGUUGUGAUGAUUAAGUAAGCUUGUGUUCAUACUUCUCUCAGUAAAUGUGAGCUGUAGUUCCAGCUAUCUGUGGCCAUCACCCUUUUGUUUGUGAAGACCCGGGUUGAGGAAAAGGAAUUGGUUCAGGAAAAGGGAAUGACUAAUGAUUGAACCAGGGAUGGUACCCUUUUGUUCUUCGUUUAGUUGUUUCAGACAUAUUUAUUGUUAUGAGUUGGGCACUGUGGUAGGCCCUGAGCAGAUACAAGCAGGACAAUGGAGAAAGGUGUGAGGGGCAUUGUGAUACGCGGAUGGUAUUAAAACCAGGGUCAGAGGAAUGCUUGAAGUGUACUCUGUCUCUCCCUUCCAUGGGAUUUCUGAUGGAGUUUUACACAAAGUUCCCAAGAGCAUAAUGAAACUCAACAACCUCUUUAUAGUUGCUGUGCAAACCCAAAUAAUCCCAGUGCAAUGAACUCCGGUAAAAGCUGGAUUUGAACAUAUAAUUUAGAUUUCAAGCCUAAGGAGCAUCUUUUACGGCCUUUCUGUUUCUCAGUUCUCAGUCUUAGGACCAGCCUGUUCAAUGUGCCAAGAGAAAGGAGAGAAAGUCUGUAAGUCCUCACCCUGCUUACUCAUUAACCAAGGAUCAAAACAGGAAUAAAAGAGGGGGAAACCUCUCAGGAGACAAGCCCUCUUUGCUCUCCACUUGCUAUGGAUGCAAGAAUAUGGGGUGCGUUGCAUGAGAGCCCCCUUUUAAGUCAUAGUAACCUCUCUGACUAGUAAACGUGACCUCAUCCAUAUCCUGGGCCCAACCAAUUAAAUUAGUGACCCCGUUGGUGCUGGUGGAAGGGGCAUUAUUAAGGACUUGGGCAGGAUGCAAGGUGUGAGAAGGGGCAGGAGUGACCCUCCAUGAUUUUUGUCCUCUCAACGCAUUGGGCUUAACAGCCAAGCCUGGGGUCAGUCAGAGGUGGACUGUAUCCCCAGGAGGGUAUGACCUAUCAUGAUCAGCAGAGACCUCCUUUCACCUUCCUGGGCUUCUUCCCUGAUAACUACCCUUGCUCCGUGGUAUCCCCCUGGAGCCAGUGACAUGAGCCGUUCAGCUCUUUGUCUCUUGAAGCUUCUGCAAUGAAUCAGGACUGAACGCUGAUCAAUGUCUCCAAGAGAAUUGUGAACAUUAAGUCAAAAAUUUGUUCUCUAUUUUAUUUCCCAUUGCAAACCAUGACCUCAUCAUCCAGCUUCGCUCACCAGAGGAGGUUAUACAACCAGCCCCAACAGGCCAUUAGGAAUACUUGGAAUUUUACUAUCACAAACUCCUUAAUUAAAAAAAAAAAAACUGAUUGAGUAGGUAACUAAAGAUUUUAGAGACUAUCAAUGUAGGUAGUGGGUGCCGUUAAUGGUUUUAAGGCAAGGGCAGUAUCCCAGGAGCCUUUGGAAUGAGCCUCACGUAGAUUGCUUCUUAUGUAUACAGAGUAAACGUGACUGCAGACUCAUCUGAUGAGUCACACUCACAGAAAAAUAAAGCCAGUUUACUUAAUGAUGUCCUUGAUGAAGUAAUAAAAGUGACUCAUUUUAUAAAACCUUGA